AAAAAAAAAACUCUCCCUCCUUAAAAGUUUCCUAUAUAAACUCUACAGCACAAGCUUCGCUCCUCAAUCUCUCUCCCACCCAAUCAAACCUUUAUUUUGAUAUUUUUCUCUUUGGACAAGAACCUUUGAAAAAAGCUACUAAAAAUGGCUUCCUCCUUUGAACCACCGUCGCCACUGUUUUCUUCCACCGCCGAAACAACCACCGUUUCCUCCUCAAUCGCCGACAUUCAUCCAGAUAUUCUCCAAUCGCAUAUCCUCACACGUCUAGAUGGCCCCACCCUUGCCUCCACCGCUUGCGCCACCACGGAGCUCCAUUCGCUCGCUUCCCAAGAGGAUUUAUGGACUAAUAUUUGUCUCUCCACGUGGCCUUCUACUGACAUGCCACGUCUGCGCCAAGUAAUUUCUUCUUUCCCCAAUGGUCCUCGCUCCUUCUUCUCCGCUUCCUUCCCUCUCCUGACCGUUAACGAGAAUCCCGCCACUUCACUGGUCAGCCGUGACCGUCCAUCAGAACUUAUCUCCGCCGUUGAUAUUUAUUACCGUCACGAGCUUAUUUUCAGUAGAGUUGUGGAGACAAAGACGGAGUCCGGAUGGUUCCGGUGCUCGCCGUUUAGGAUCGACAUGCUUGACCCAAAGGACACGUGUCCAACUCAGAUACCACAUCCGGAAACAGAAGACGAUCGCCGGAAGUUGGCCGAGGAGUUCACUUUAAGUUGGAUUUUGAUCGACUCAGCCGGACGGCGAGCUAUGAAUCUUUCAAGUCAUAAGCCAGUGUCGGUGCAGAGACAUUGGUUGACCGGUGAGGUGCAUGCGCGGUUUGCUUCGAUUUUGGUGGGCGAGAAAGGAUCAGCAUCGGAGUUUGUGCAGUGUGGAAUUCUGGUGACGUGCGGAGGAGGGAGUGAGAGAGGAGGAAUGCACGUGAGGGAAGUGAGCCUGCAAGUGGAGGACAUGGAUGGAAUGUUCAUGAAUGGGAAAGAUAGUUUGGGAAUUUUGAAUAGUUCAUUUGAGGGCAAGAAAGGAAUUAAGGGAAGAAAGGAAGAGGAAGGAAAGAAAAGGUACGAGGAAUUUUUGGAAAUGAAGAGAGGGAGGAAAGAAAGAAAAUUGCGGACUGAAAGUACAUUAGACAUUCUGUGUGUGACUUUUGGGGUCUUAAUCUUUGCCUCUCUUGGAUUAUUUGUUUUAUUUAGAUAAAAAAUGCAGCCUGAAAACUUUCUUUUUUCUUUCUUUUUUUUUUUUUUUUUU